AAGAAAGGAAGUAUUGCCCAAUCAGUAUGCUUUGCGUUGGUUGAGAUUUCACAAGCUAGCUCAAAGAAAGUAAGUGAGAAUGAGAAUGUGACUUGCAAGAUUACACAACAAAGAGGCUGGUUAUGACCAAUAUGCGAAGGUUAAAUGCAUAAAAUUGAUUAAAAGUCAUAUUUGCAUGCUUUUCAUUUCGCUUGCCCUCGUUGAUUUCACUUGCCAGUCUCCAAGGUCCGUCAUCUGAUAUGAAUCUAGAGAUUUUGCGCUUAGUUUAUCCUGUUCAAUAAUAAACCGGUUAAUGUUUUUUAUUGGUUCGAUGGAAACUUUCAUACUUGCGGCAACAAGCAAGGAACAUUCCAGUAAUAAUAAUGGCGAACACCUUCUGUUGAGUCUGAAAAGGUCGGAUUUCAAUCAUCACCCCUGCGAAAUUACUUAAAUUUUGGACCAAAACCCUCUUAAUCAAUAUCUCAUGCUCACAUUUCCUUGAUUAAUGAUUCCAUGACAUUAGCAUGCUACUUUGACGUCUAUAUGCUUGGACAGCGAAUGGUGAUUUUCACCGUCUCCUAAGCCCACGAUGAGUUCUUCAAGGGAACUCCAGAAGUUACGAUGCUAUCUGAUGGAGAAGUUAUUUGAGCCUACGGUGGUGGUAGAGAGUAAAACAUGGCAUCUCCUCUCACUCUCUUAUAUGAUCUGGAGGUGGAAAAAGCCGUCCGUCAAAAAUGGCAAACGGUUUCGGCCCCAACAAAACAAACUCCUCUGUCAAGAGGUGGUUUUGCUUUCUGUGAAUUUAUAACCUCCACCCUAUAUUUGUCACGAGAAUGAGAGGUGCAUCCAAGUUUUCAGGAAGGCCGCGAGUCGAGAGUCCUUUGUACAGCCUCUCAACGCAUCGUCAACUCCAGCCUUCUCCUCCCUCCAUAUAACACCCUGGUCGUAUCCCCACCUCCUAUAAGCAGCCUUGGGCCUGACCAAGGUCGUUUCCAAUGGGUACCCGUGUCAACAUGCCGGCCUCGGGCUGCUUUCUCUUGCUCUCUCUCCUCCUUGCCUCCUUCUCGACCCUCUCCUCCGCCCUCACCGAUGCCGAGGCGUCCUAUAUCGCCCGUCGUCAGCUCUUGACGCUCAAGGAGACCGAUGAUCUCCCUCAGGACUUCGAAUACGAGGUCGAUAUCAAGGUGACUUUCGCGAACCAGAGGCUACGGAGGGCCUACAUUGCCCUCCAGGCCUGGAAGAAGGCCAUGUACUCGGACCCUCUCAACACGACCGGGAACUGGGUUGGCCCUCACGUGUGCGCCUACAAUGGAGUGUUCUGCGCCCCAGCACUCGAUGACCCUUCCUUGAGCGUUGUCGCCGGCGUCGAUCUGAACCAUGCCGACAUCGCCGGGUACCUCCCUGCGGAGUUGGGCCUGUUGACGGACACUGCGCUCUUACACCUUAACUCGAACCGCUUCUGUGGGAUCAUCCCGAAGAGCUUCUCCAAGCUCCAAUUGAUGCACGAGUUCGACGUGAGCAACAACCGCUUUGUCGGUCCGUUCCCGGAGGUUGUCCUCUCAUGGCCCAGUGUCAAGUAUAUCGAUCUCAGGUUCAACGAUUUCGAAGGGAAAUUGCCUCCGGAGCUCUUCUUGAGGGAGUUGGACGCCUUGUUCUUGAACAACAAUAGAUUCACCUCGACCAUCCCGGAUACGAUUGGCAAAUCCCCGGCAUCAGCUAUCACAUUUGCCAACAACAAGUUCACCGGUUGCAUCCCUCGUUCCAUUGGCAACAUGACCAACUUGAAUGAGAUCGUCCUCUUGCAGAACGGAUUGAGCGGUUGCUUCCCUGAAGAGAUCGGGUUGCUCGACAACAUCACGCUCUUCGACGCCAGUCACAAUUCAUUCAUCGGAACCUUGCCCAAGAGCUUGUCGAGCUUGGACAGUGUUCAGGUGUUGGAUUUCGCCCACAAUAAGCUGACAGGCUUGGUGUCGGAGAAGAUCUGCAAGCUGCCGAGUCUCUUGAAUUUCACAUUCUCGUACAACUACUUCACAAAGGAGGAUGGUGCCUGUGUUCCGUCUUCGCACGACGAGACAGCAUUGGAUGAUGGCAGCAAUUGUUUGCCCAACAGGCCGAGACAGAAGCUGCCGAAGACAUGCUUCCCAGUCGUGAGCAAGCCCGUUGACUGCAGCAAGGACAAGUGCAGCGGCGGAUCCUCGUCCCCAUCGCCGGCAUCCCCAGGCGGUGGUGGGCCACGUCCCUCGAAGCCUCCUGUCCACUCUCCACCCAAAAGCAAGUCACCAUCACCUCCUAAACAAGCACCAACACCGCCAACACCGCCUAAGAAAGCACCAACACCACCAACACCGCCUAAGAAAGCACCAACACCGCCUAAGCCACAGUACAUUCCCCCACCCCCACCAGCCUACUCGCCUCCGCCUCCGCCGGUCCAAUCUCCACCCCCACCACCACCAGUCCACUCUCCACCACCGCCGCCGCCACCAGUCCACUCUCCACCGCCUCCAUCGCCGGUUCCUUCACCACCUCCACCGGUGCACUCUCCACCGCCACCCGUCCACUCCCCACCACCACCCGUCCACUCUCCUCCUCCCCCACCGGUCCACUCCCCACCACCACCCGUCCACUCUCCUCCGCCCCCGCCCGUCCGCUCUCCUCCGCCCCCGCCCGUCUACUCACCGCCACCACCAGUCCACUCUCCUCCUCCCCCACCCGUCCACUCUCCGCCACCACCAGUCCACUCACCUCCACCCCCUGUCCAUUCCCCACCACCACCCGUCCAUUCUCCACCCCCACCGGUCCGCUCCCCACCACCACCGCCACCCGUCCACUCUCCUCCCCCACCGGUCCGCUCCCCACCACCACCCGUCCACUCUCCUCCCCCACCGGUCCGCUCCCCGCCACCACCCGUCCACUCUCCUCCCCCACCGGUCCGCUCCCCGCCACCACCCGUCCACUCUCCUCCCCCACCGGUCCGCUCCCCGCCACCACCCGUCCACUCUCCUCCCCCACCGGUCCGCUCCCCGCCACCACCCGUCCACUCUCCCCCGCCACCGGUGCACUCCCCGCCUCCGCCGGUCUUCUCUCCCCCACCACCGGUGCACUCCCCGCCUCCGCCGGUCAGGUCGCUGCCGCCUCCGGUCAGGUCUCUGCCUCCUCCGGCAGCCCAAUCUCCCCCACCACCAAGCUACGACGACAACAUCGUCCUGCCACCAAUAUUUGGAUCUCAGUACUCCUCCCCGCCUCCUCCAAUGUUCCCGGGAUACUAAGUAUUCUCCCAUUGUUGUAUUUUUGGCUAUCUUCUCUGUCGUGACGUUGUCCCAGAGAAAAAUCAACACGUUCAUUUUAUAGUGGAGAUUGAAAAUAACUAUGGUCGCAUUUUUCUUUGCA